AUGGGCUUGGACACAGAACGAGCGAGCCGCGUCCGGGAAAACAAACGUCGUUCUAGAGCACGCCAAAAAGAAUAUACUGCCGACCUGGAGCAGAAGCUGAGACAGCUGCAGAGAGACGGAGUCCAAGCCACAAUCGAGAUUCAGCUGUCGGCUAGGAAGGUGUUUCAGGAGAAUAAGAAUCUGAGAGGCUUAUUACAGCAUCUUGGGGUAGAUGAGAACACAAUCAAAUCGUGGGCUGAAAAGAAUGCAGAAGACAAUGGCGAGGGGUUGAAUGGUUCGCUGCGGAGACACUGCUUGAGAGGACCAGCUGGUGCUGGUUACGGCCAGGCUAAUACCAAUGUUGAAAAUCAGAGGCGGGAAGGACAUCAGCUCUGGGAAGCUGCUACGUCUUGCGAUCCUAGCUCGGAAACUACACCUCUCACGGGUCUCUCCGGAACGGGUCAGACAGAUAUAAGCGCUUCGGUUGUAGGAGGGCCUCCUCAGACUGCCACCGCAUCACCCAUACUCUACGGGGACGAACGGCCAAUUGAAAGCGUACCUUUGCCACCAAGCGAUAACCAAGGACCUUGCGACACGCAAACCAGUGACUUAGCUUUUGACCAACCGGACCACCAUGCCUGCUCCGCCAGUACUUCAUCACCAUCCCAAGCACUUCCAACACCUUGCAAGCUUCUCACGCAUCUGGCUGCCAGCCCCAGCGCUGAUAUAACCCAAAUGCCCACAGUUCCCGACGAAGAAGAACAACCUCAUCCUGACGGAGUUCCCUGCUCCCGCGCGUACAGGAUGUUGAUGCAGUAUGCCACUACUGAGGCAAAGCUCGAUCUUGCUGCUCGGUCUCUUGAGGAAGGGUGUGUGAAGAACCCGGGUCCAGGUGGAGGCUGCAGCGUUAAGAAUAAGACGAUGUGGAAAGCUUUAGAGGACCUUACGGUGUGA